GUCGGGAUAUCUUGUUUACCUCGACUCAGGGCUGUUUUGAUGGAGGUCACGUGACCGAGACCCCCACCCGCCUGCUGCGUUUAAGUUCAUAACAAACAAAUCACUCGGACAAAUCCACGGAACGGUCAGCUUCACGCCUCAUUUGCUCCGACCGGAUAAAUAACGGAUUCUUCUUCUUUCUGGACGAAGCGGUUCCGAUAACGCAGAUGUGACAUGGUGAUGGCCUCUAUAUCAGCAUCUACCGGAGGACCUUCAGCGUCCCACUCCAGUCUCACACACCUGGGAGGCAUUGAGGCCCUGAAGCUGAAGGUGGGCCCGGUCCGGAGGAACCUCUUUGGGCCGGUAGACCACGAGCAGCUGCAGCAGGACUUCCAACGACUGCUCCACAUGACUGUGGAGGUGGCCAGUAAGCGCUGGGGCUUCGACUUCCAGGAAGACAGGCCAGGAGAGGGCACCGACAUGGAGUGGGUGGAGCUUGAAUGCAAAGAUGUGCCGAAGUUUUACCGCAGCCGCGUAGUUCGGCCGGUGGUGCGGAAAACCAAAGGUCCAAGGCGAAUGUCGUCAUCAUCUUCGUCUUCAUCUUCAUCAGGGGAAGGGUCUCCCAUUUCCAGCAGUUCGUCUGGUUCUGGGGACGAGUACCUAGAAGUGACCACGAGGGGGCGCUACUCAAUUCAGCGACUGGAGAAACGCAAACAGGCCGCCAUAACAGAUUUUUUCAAGGUGAAGAAGAGGAGGCUUCUGCAUUACAAGAUGUCAUCUCGGCAGUAAAAACACGACCGGACCAGCCGAUGGGUUGGGCCGCCUCACUCAGAUCACUCGUGUACAUGUAGCAGGUUCUAAUGCUUGUCCGCAAGCUCCAGGUGUUUGGGCUCAACAGGGAGUGCUUCUUGUUAAUCAGGCGGUUAUACACACAUGCUGUAUGCUUAUAUACUGUUUCACUCAGCUUUUGACUAUACUGUGAAAUCGUGCUAAAUGCCCUCAUCAGGACCCUAAAAGUAUGGGUGCUCGUGUUCAGAGGUUGACCCGACCCCUUUUCCUCCCCCUCACGCGCAGCCUUUGGGUUUCACCACCGGGGGUUUGAACACUCGAGGUGAACCGGGGGUGAAAACCUCAGGCCAGGGUUCAAAAUGUGGCAGCACGACUGUCAUUACCUCCAGGUUGAAGGUCAAAGGUGGAGGCUAAGCUCUUGAAACUUUUCUGAGUAAUAAUGAUUAUUAUUGUUAAAAAGACUAAGACGCAGAUCAAAUUACCAUCAAUGUGGUAAAAUAAUGCACAAAUAACAGUAUAUUUGCUUUAAUUAGAUCUUUGACCCAAAGGCGUUGCCUCGUGCUUUUAAUACGAUAACAUUUACUUUAUUUUUGUCCAUGAAGGGAAAUUUUGCUGUCAUUCAGCAGCUUCGAGGUAAUUUGAUUCUUGAGGGUGCAGCUGCUUUUUCUGCUCUUGCAUAUUUUAUUUUCCAUCAGUUCUCAACAUGGAGGCAGCUGAGACACGUCGACCAAAGCUGCUUUUGUGCAUAAGAUUUAUUCCAUCAAUGUUCCGAUGAGCAUUUUUUACCAGAUGUGCAAAAUCAAAGUCAGUUUCGUUCUCCCUUCGUUGUGCAGUCCUCCAAAUUUGGACAUCAACGGGAUCUGGACACUUUGGAUCCAGAAGCCAUAGUCUGGAUUCUUCCAGUCCUACUACCUCAUCAGAUGAUUUAAUAAGACUUAAAAGUAUCCUCUGCAGCUCAGGAUGUUUGCGUCUACAGGCAGACAAGUGAGACAGAAAGAGUCGUGUUCUGUUGUGGUGGAACAUCGGAUAAAUGAGUCAGUGUGUCAGAGCGGGGGCCUCUACACAGAGGAAACGCCAGUUCCCCCGAUGGGGGGGUUGUUUUGUCUCCCACACAUCGGCUCGCUUCGCUGUGACAACUUUCCCAGAAUAGUCUGGCGGGGAUCAGGGACAAACUUUUAAUAAGAAAACGUCUCCAUCAAAAGACACGUCCACAUAGACUAGAGUCACUCUAGUCUGGACUGAAAAUUCUUUAACAGAUUUAAACACAAAAAACCUUUUAUGAUAAAGAUUUUUGUCCUAUUUCUGUCAUCUUACCUGUUAAAUGUGCGUGCUCUCAGUCUUUCAGUGUUUAUUAACUUAUUUUCAGUUCUUGUCUUUUGUUUCCAUAGGAAAAAUAAUGAUAAAUUCCCUGUUUUUUUUUAAAUAACUAACCAACUGUAGGAUUUCAGAAACUUUAUCUUUGCACUACUUCAAAUUGUGUCGAAAAAUAAAAAGCUAUUUUUUUACGAUCAUUUUAAAAAUAAGCCAAACAGCUAACACGGUAGAAGCUGAAACACAUUUGAGUUUUCUCAACUUCAGUGUUUGGAACAAAUAAACUCAUAUCCAGCAGCAUUAGCUAAAUAACCUGCUGCAGCUAUAACAAAGUAUAGUAUUUUUGUACUUUGUAAAUGCAUGAAUGUAAUUAUUUGUAUACCAUUUGUAAUAAUUUUGUUGUAAUUUUAUUUUGUAUGCUUGCGAACUGUUACAGUAUAUAACUGUUGUAUGAUAUCCUUCCUUAUAGAGAUUUGUAUAGAGAAAACUUCCCUUUUGGUUGGUGCACUUUUGCUUUUCAGAAUGCUGUUUGCUCAAAUAAAAUGUAAAAUCAUGUUGAUGAAAACUA